AUGGACGACGAUGACUCCACCACCCUCUCCAUCCCGGAGCUGGAGGAAAUCCCAAGCAUCGACCUUGGCGACCUGGAUUCCCUGGUCUCGAUGGAAAACGUGUCCGGAGACUCACCCAGUGAGGAGGUCGACAAUGCCAACAUUGCCAAGAUACAUGAGUACCUCGAUAGGGACUUAGUAGAUCAGGAUUCCCUAAUAGAAAAACUGAAGGCAUUCGAGGAAAAGCUAGACAGCUAUAUGAACAGGCUUAAGGUGCACAGAACUUGA